ACUGUUGCCACGGCAACCAAUCACAAACUGUUUCGCUGAAUGGUGCUGAAUGAGAAUCUGAGUUUGGCAGAAAAGAAAGUAAACGAACUUCUUUAAAAGUGAUGGCAACCUACAUUAUUGCAGGACCAGCUCCUUCCAAGGAAAUUGGCCCAAAGAAAAAAAUGACUUUUCCUUGGAAUCACAAACUUGUGGUCAAAGAAGACAGAGCAAGAAGGGUCACUUCAUCAGUGUAUACCCAAGAGAUGUUGCAAACCACAGAGGAGCGCCUGGCCAGUACUCAGGAGAUGCAGCCUCCCCGAAUCCUGGAGCUGCUGGACAUGGGCGAUCAUGAAUUAUCCUCGGUGGACUUGGAGCGGGCUCUUUUCCAGCCAUACCCAUCUGAAGUGGUCUUCCAGAACUUUGCCCCAACGCAGACCUACAAGCUGCCCCUACUCCUCCGCAACAUUGACAAGGUGUCACGCCACGUGAAGCUGCUGAUGGAGGCCUCCCAGUGUUUCUCUGUGGUCAGCCCAGAAGAGGGCUGCUCCAAGGUGGCCCCAGGGAUGACUACUGCCUUCAGCGUUCGCUUCACACCACAAGAGAACAAGGACUACCACCUCAAGCUGGUGUUUGUGACAGACAGAGAGACGUUUGAGGUCCCCGUUCGGGCCAUCGGGCCCCGGGCCAUCCUGGACUUCCGGGAUGAACUGCAGAUGCCCGUCUGCCUCGUGAAGGGCUCCACACAAAAGACCCAGCUGGUCCGCAACAUAGGAAACGCUGAGGCCAAGUUCCACCUGCACACACACAGCCCCUUCUCAGUGGAGCCGUCUGUUGGGACUCUGGGUCCCGGGGAGAGCGUGCUGGUGACUGUCGACUUCUCCCCCAGCACCACGGGAAACCACAGAGAGGACCUGCUGCUGCACUACCAUACUGGUGAGGAGGUCUCCAUCGGCCUGCACGGCGUGUCAGAGGAGUUGGACGUGUGUCUGAAGCCUGACUCGGUGGUGCUGGAGAACACCUUCAUCUCCCUGUGCAGUGUGCGCACCGUCUCCCUGGCUAACCCGGGCAAUGCCCCUCUGCGCUUCUGCUGGAAGAGUUGGCCCAGCCAGCACGACGAGGACGUGGACACCAUGAGAGAGUGCUCCGAGCUGUGGCAACAGGAAGAGAUGGAGAUGCAGCGCUUCCUGUUGGAGUGUGAGUCCAACCCAGUGGAGAUCCACCGUCUGCCCAUACUGUCCCGCUCGUACCGGGACCGCCCCGCCGCCAAGGACCCCCUCGCCACCUCUUCACCAGGCUGCAUAGCCAUCGAACCUGUGGAGGGAGAGAUCUAUCCCAACACGACGGUUCAGUUCACCAUCGUCUUCAAGCCUCUGGAGGCUACAGUCCACCAUCACACGCUUUACUGUGACGUGACAGGCCAAAGAUCCCGCUUACCCCUGACCAUCCGAGGAGAGGGCAUGGGGCCCAAGCUGCGCUUCAGCUACAACGUGAUGGACAUGGAGAACGUGGUCAUCGGGGACAUGGACCACUAUGAGGUGUUGGUGUCAAACAAAGGGCUGAUCGAUGCCCCCUUCAAGCUGUGCUGCCCAGACACCACCUUCGGGAGCUGCUUCUCCAUCAGCCCUGAGGAGGGGGUUCUCGCGCCGGGGGCCAGCCAGGUGCUGCAGGUCAGCUUCUCCAGCCGCACCCUUGGAGCCUUCUGCGAGGACCUGAUGCUCAGGGUCGAAGGACAGCCUCAGCCCCUGAGCUUGACCUUCAGAGGUUGUGUGAUUGGCCCCACCUUCCACUUCGACGUCACUGAGCUCAACUUGGGAGAUGUGGCCUUUGGCUUCCCUCAGACGUUGAGCUGCACCCUCUUCAACACCUCCCUGGUUCCCCUGACGUAUGCCCUGCGUGUCCUGGGGGACGGCGCGGGCCCCCCCAGCGGGACCAGCAGCCAGCAGGUGACCCAGCUGACCAGGGUCCACUGGCGUAGCGCCGCGGCCCUGGAUCCCCACGCACGGCCGACCGAGUUCAGCCUCAGGCCGGCCGCGGGCACCAUCCGGGCCAUGUCCGACGUGUUUGUUGAGGUGACACUGUGCUCAAACACUGUGAAGCGGUACCAGGUAGCACUGGUGGUCGAUGUUGAGGGAGUAGGAGAGGAGAUCAUGACUAUUCCCAUUACUGCCAGAUGCUUGGUGCCAGAGGUGAUGGUGGAGACCCCGCUCUUGGACUUUGACCAGUGUUUCCUGGGCCAUCCAUACACGCACCACGCACGGCUGGCAAACACCAGCCACCUGCCUGCCUGUUACGGGCUGCUGGACCAGGAACACAAGGAGAGUCCAUCCAUGCUGUGGGGCAGUUCUGUUCCCAGGGGCCUCAUCCCUGCUGGAAACUCAGUGGAGGUGCCCCUGUUCCUGUUGGCCAAGGCCAUUGGCCGGCAGCACGGCACUGCACGCAUAGCUGUGUGGGGCAGUAAUCAUCGCCCCCUGGAGGUGCGCUUAACAUGUGUGGGCAAGGGUCCAGCCGUGCACAUUCAGCCUCCGAAGGUGGACUUUGGCGAAGUCCAGGUUUUAACGGACGUAACCAGAAAACUGCAGCUGAUAAACCAAUCGCCAAUCCCAGCUCACUUCUCUGCACAUAUGGUGGGGGACGUGUCCCCGUGGCGUGUGGAGCCCCGGGAGGGAGAGCUGGCCCCCGAAGGCCAGCUGGAGCUCAGGGUGGUGGUACACCUAAGGGACACGCUUCCCUUCCAGGGAAGGCUGCAGGUGUGCAUCCAAGACAGCCAGACCUACGACAUCCCUCUGUCCUGCACGGGCGUGGGCUCCACCAUCGUCAGCGACCGGCCCCUAUACCCCAGGCUUGAUCUUGGAACUCACUUCAGUCAAGGGGUCUUCGAGUAUCCCUUCAGGCUGACCAACCGUGGCCAGCGGCUGCAUCGGAUGCACUGGGCUUCCCCGCUCUUCCCUCCUCGUGCCUACAAAAGAACGGCCAGGGAUGAAAACGCCCUGCCACCCAUCACCACCGGCAAGACAGGCGGCGGGUCUCGCCUCUCUUCCCCCAAGGAGAAGCCUGUGUUCAGCCUCAGCCCCUCCCGCCUGGAGCUCUUCCCAGGCCAAUCCGCUGACGUGGUUCUGACCGGAUCGUCUGACACCCCUAGGACGGUGUGUGAGCGCCUGGCAUGUUUCGCCAUGCUGGGUCGGGAGGUCUGCUACGAGCGCAUCAUGACUGUAGACAUCACAUGCUGCUUCGUGGCCCCUAUACUCUGCUUCUCCUCCAAGCAGCUCACCUUUCCUUCCAAGAAGGAGUCAGGGCAGAGCCUCGUAGCACUAUACAAGAGGCUUGUGCUGAAGAAUAUCUCCCCUCUGGCCCUCUCCCUGGAGCUCCGUCUUCCGGAGCCCUUCUCUCUGUGUGACGGCCAGGGAGACCUCACUGUUGCUACCAACAAGGCCAUGCUGUUGGAUAGUGGUGCGGAGAGGGAUGUGUGGGUCUGCUUCAACCCAGUGCUCCACUGCCAGGACAGACAGUCCCUAGUACACGACGAGUUCCUCCUGGUGCUCUACCGGGACCACCCCCAGCGGGACAUGGUGGCGCUGCAGGCCGAGGUCCACUUCCCCAACCUCAGCCUCUCCGCCUCCAGCCUGGACUUUGGCUGUGUGCUGAACCAGACCCACAGCCAGCGACAGCUCACCGUCACCAACUGCUCCUCCCUGGCCGUGAGCUACUGCUGGAGGUUCCUGGAGGAGCACAGCCCCCCAGCUAUAAGCAGUGAAGGGGAUAGGAGCUGCCAUCUUGGUGUAAAAGAGGUGUUCAAUGUGACCCCUCUCACCGGUAAACUGGCCCCGGCGGAGAGCCAGCAGGUGUCCAUCACCUUCCAUGGCCGCGCCUUCGUCAGGUGCCAGGUGGUGGUGCAGUGUUGGGUGGAGGAGGGGCCCGUGUACAGUGUGACCCUCCAAGGAGAAGCCUCGGAUAUCUGCUACAACUUGAGCUCCACCCACCUGGACUUAGGCCUGCAGCUGUUCCAGCAGGUGGCCGAGACCCAGGUGCUCCUGGCCAACAGCGGCCAGGUGGGCUUUGAGUUCAGCGUGCUGCUGGAUCAUCAGGGGGCGGAGCCCAGGAGGAGGGAGGCGGAGGAGGAGGAAGUCGAGGAGGGGGCUGACGCAGGAGAAGGAGACAGGAGGGUGGAGGGACUACGGCAGGACCAGAGUGGGGAGCUGUGGGUGGAGAGUGACGGGCAGCAGGGGGCCGGGGGGCCGGACAGGAAGGUGUUGCCCGGCCAGCCCCUGGUGUUCCCUACUAAAGGCUACGUGGAGCCCGGAACGGAGUGGCGUCUGUGCGUGCUCUACCUACCGGGGGUCCCUGAUGUGUUCCAGAAGAGCUUCCAGCUUCAGGUGGACCACCUGCCCCCAGUGACCAUCACCCUGAGCGGGGAGGGGGUCUUCCCCAGGAUCAGCCUGGAUCUCCCCCGACACUUAUCCGAGAGCUGUGGCCAGGUGAUGCAGGAGGCCAGAGAGGCUGUAGGAGUGGCGAACUCAACCCCACUCACCCCUACCCACGCUGGGGCAGGGAGUCAAGACAACCAGCACUGCGCCCACGCUUGUGAGGAGCUGGUGAGCAUGGAGCUGGAGAGGAGGCUGCUCAGGGACAACGCGCUGGCUGUGGCCAGCGGCCUGAUGGCCCUCCACCGCCAUGGAUGCUCUGCCGACGAGUGGCACCGGCUCAGCAGGUUCCUGGUAGCAGAGUAUGUGCUGGACCUUGGCUUCGUGGUCCAUGGUCAGAUUUUGAGCCGGGACGUGAGGAUCACCAACACCGGGCCGGUGUCUGUGUCCUUUUCGGCCAACCACAAGCCUCUUGUGGGAACAGGUUUCAGUGCUGAGUUUGAGAAGGUGAAGAACUUCCGAUGCAGUGAGACACAGACAUUUACGGUGACCUUUGACCCCCAGAGGUCAAAGAUGGGAGAAAUCCGUGUCACCAUGCCAAUAAAGGUGGUAGGCGGGCCGUCGGUGCAGGUGCAGCUUUGUGCUGUGGUGUGCACGCCGGCCCUCACUGUGUCCAAUGAAGAGCUGCUCUUCGACUGCGUGCAGUGUGGCAUGUGUCAGGUGAUCACCAUACAGCUGUUCAACCAUGAGAAUGUACCGUGCAGCUGGAGCAUGGCCGAGGCGGCCAGGCCUCGCAAGAAGAUCGACAAGUUCAUGCCACUCCACCUGCGUAGGAAGGCCCUGCAGGAGCAGAGUCCUCCUCCACCAGCGGUGUUUGAGGUGGAGCCCUCCUCUGGCCUGCUCCACCCUGGAGCCUGGCUCAACCUCCAGGUCAGGUUCAUCCCAGCCCAGGAGUGCGAGUACCGCCGGCAGCUUGUAUUAAGCGUGUCCGGCAGCACGCAGCGGCAGGUGGUGUGGGUCCAGGGACAAGGCCAGGAGCCCCGGCUGGCGUUCAGCCCCUCGGCCCUGCAGCUGGGGCCCUGCAUGCCCUGCGGGGCUGGGGCCAUGGCCGAGGUCAGGGUGAGAAACCCCUGCUCCUUCCCCCUGGAGUUCUACUCCCUGGAGCUGGACCCGCAGUACCGUAAGGAGGACCAGAUCCUGCGUCUGAUGUGGGAAGGCUAUGGCGAUGGCCGGUCGAUGCUGCUGCCUCCCCGCUGGACUGGAGAAGCCCUGCCCCAGGAGCUGCAGGAUCACUACGCCGAGCUCUGCUCCUCCCCCACCCCACUCCCCGACGGGGUGGUCAGAGAAGGAAGCGAGAGGAGUCAGGGGGUGCCGGAGAUGUCUCCUCUCUCCAGGGCGAUUGCCCGCCAUGUGGGCGUCGACCUAUCCCCCGAGGCCGUGGCUGCGCGAAACCGACGGGGCAUAGCCGUCAUCGUCCACGGUGCGCCGCAAACAGGUAAGAGCAGCGUGGCCGCCUCGCUGGCCCGUCACUACGGAGGGGCGUGUCUCACGCUGGAGGGCGUGGUCACUGAGGCGCUGACCACAGGCUCCUCCCCCGCCAGCCUGGCCGCGCGGCAGCUCUACAACCAAGCCGCCGCCAUGCAUGCCCAGAAGAGGGGAGAGGAGGCCGGCCAGGCUGGUCAGGUUCCCCCCGGAGAAGCUCCCACUGCUCCCACUGCGGAAGCUGGUGGUCUCAGUGUAGAGUCUGUGGCCCAACACAACGAGGGUCUCAGCCCCAGUUGGGACUCUGCAGCCCCCAAGAGGACCCAAGGCUCUCUGGACACCAACUCUGUUUCCAAGGCUGGGGGCAGCCAGGUCGCUGAGGUGAUAAGCCAGGUGGGAGAUGUGGACACGCUGAGGGCUCUUCUCCCCCAUCAGCUGCUGGUUGAUCUCCUGGCGGAGAGACUACAGCUGAGUGACUGCUAUCGAGGGGUGGUGAUUGACGGCCUGGAGUGUGUCUACAACCCGUCAGUGGCCAGCGCUCUGCAGGUGGCCCUGGCCUCCAUUGACAAUCGGCAGCACAUCUACCUGGUCGACCUGUGUGACCCCGCCAGUCCGGCCCAGGUGCUCUCCACAGAGGCCCUUCUGAAGGAGCUGCCGGUGGCGGAGCGGUCGGCUCCACAGGGCGAGGCCAGGGAGGAGUGCAGCUCUCUGCUGGAGGAGGAGACGGAGCAGGAGGCAGCCAGAAGGAGCCGCCAGCGCAAGCAGAGGGAGCGGGAGCAGCAGGAGCAGCAGGAGCAGGAGGUGAAGAGGCAGCAGGAGGAGACGGAGAGGUUGAGAGAGGAGGAGGAGCUGGAGAAAAAGAAGAAGAAGGCAGGCAAGAAGGAGGUGUCCGGAAAGAAGAGUCACCUGGGAAGGAAGUCCACCCCGUCUCUGGACAACAACAUACAGUCCAUUUGCAGCAACUGUAAAGACACACCAACAGAGACCAGUGAGACAGGGCCUUUCAUCCCGGGUUCUGGGGUCGAGGCAGAGCAACGAGUGCCCAGUAAGACUGAGCUCCAGCUGCUGUCCCGGCUCCACUCCUACCAGCAGAGCCGUCUCCAAGUCAGCCACGUCCUCCAGCACUGGGACCGCCUCCUGGGGCUGCUCCAGGUCCCGCUCUGCUGCGCUGAGGCCCCAGCAGAACCAGAGGAGACCCCCCCCGACAAACAGGUGCACCCCAAGACCAGGAGGGAGCGAGAGAAGGAGAAGGGGGAUAAGGAGCGAGGGAGGCUGGAGAAGGAGCGCCAGAUGGCCGACGCCCAGCCGCCGGCCCCGGGGCCCGGCCAGGCGGUCCAGGAGCCCCGCUCAAUCAUCGCCGUCCCUCACCUCACGCUGAGUGCGGGCGGGGGCCCUUCUGGCCCCCAGGAGCUGGUGAACAGCGGCGCACUGCCUCCGGUGGGGGAGGUGCUGGACGGGAUGGGCCUGGGCCCCAGUGGCCCUCCGAUCACUCCCCCCGUCACCUACUCUGUGGUGUCCCUCCCCAGCGGGAGCCCAGAGGGCGAGGACUUUAUGCUCUCCGACUGCUUCUCCCUCCUGGACCCUUCGUACCCCGGCGAUUUUGUCACAAAGGACAACGAAGAAGAUGCCGUUGAGUCACUGCCCCCGAAGGAAGAAGUGAUAGCACCCGUGAAAGGGCGUGGCAGGAAGGCAGGCCCCUUGACGAAGGAGAAGGAGAAGGAGAGGAAGGACAGUGAGAGCCAGCAGGAGCAGAGGAGGAGGUCGGCGCCUAAAAGAGGGGCGAAGCCUAACCCUAGCUCGGACACGUCCCGCUCCCCGCCGCACCCCUCUGUCACGCCCUCUGACCUCAGCGGGGCGGGGCAGCCCAGCUCAGAGCCGCCGCUGGAGCCCAGACCCAAGUCCACUACAUUCCGUUGGGUGGUACCAGCUCAUGGUGAGGUGGUGCUGAGGCUGGGCUUCCAGUCCGAGGUGCCGGGGACCUUUGAGCAGACCAUGCACUUUGAACUGCUGGGCACCCGGCAACGCUACCCCCUCCCUUGCAGAGGGACCUGCACCUACCCCUCCAUCUCCAAAGAGCCAGGAACCAUCUUCGCCCUGACGAAGCAGACCCCCCGGGAAAAGGAGGGCCUGCAGAAGACAUACGUGCUCAAACCGGGCUUCUAUGAGUUUGGACCGCUGCUCUGUGGCAAAACCAGAGACCUAUACAAAGAGAGGAAAUACCCAGAGAACACAGAGAGGCUGGUGAUCCAAAACACAAAUGAUCUAGAGGCGGAGGUCCACUUCUGCUUCCAACACGACACCAAGGCCACCACCUUCAUACUGGACCCCCCAGUCAUGAUGCUCCAGCCCAACCAGGCGCAGGAGCUGUCCAUCUGGGCCUACCCCAUCAGUGUGGGUCGCUUCGAGGACACCGUGGUGUGCUGCGUCAAGGACAACCCUGAGCCCGUCCUCAUCGCCAUCUCCUGCUGGGGGGCCCGUCCCGAGCUGGAGCUGGACCGCAAACACCUCAACUUUGACAAGAUCCUGCUCCACAGGGAGGACAGCCGUAGUGUGACGCUGAGCAACAACAUGGCACUGCCCGCCGCCUGGAGGCUGAAGGGCCUGGACGACCUGGGGGAGGAGUUCAGCGUGUCCCAGGUGGAGGGCGUGAUCCCUGCCCGGGACUCCUUCUGCCUGCAGGUCCGCUUCAAGGCCAUCAAGCCCCUUCACUUCAGGAAGACCCUGCGCCUGGAGGUUUCCGAUGUGGACAACAUCUUAGGAGUGGCGCAAACCGAGCACCUGCACAUCGGCACCGAGGCAUUCGACGUUCACCUGGACAUUAUCACUCCUAAUGGGAAUGACGGCUGUCUGGACUUUGGAGCCGUCAGGGUGUUUAAGGAGGUGAACCGGUGCAUCACCUUGAAGAAUAAGGGGAAGUACGAGCUGGCCUACAAGUUCACACUGGAGCGCACGGACCCCUCCCAGCCCGACCCGUCCACUGUGUUCAGCGUGUCCCCAGCGCAGGGCACCCUGCUGCCCACCGAGCGGCCCACCGCAGUGCACAUCCUCUUCAACCACGACAAGGAAGUGUGCAUCGAGGAAGAGCCUCUCCUGCAAUGCCAGGUUAUUGAGCCUUCUAUCGGUAUAGGCGGCGAAGUCAUAGCAAUCAUUCCCAUCAAAGUGUCGAUCCGGGCGUCUUUUAGCAGGUACAAAGUCACGCCUGCCAGUGAAAUCAACUUUGGCCCGCUGGUCUUCGGCAGCAGAAGCAGCCAGAGCUUCACCAUCGAGAACACUGGGGAGUUUGAGGCCCGCUUCACCAUCGGCCGCAUGAGCAACGGCCUGCAGCCCGUCCCACCUGGAAGGGCUCUGGUCACGGCUCUGAUCACGGCUCUGGUCACGGCUCUGGUCACGGCUCUGGUCACGGCUCUGAUCACGGCUCUGGUCACGGCUCUGGUCACGGCUCUGGUCAGGGCUCUGGUCACGGCUCUGAUCACGGCUCUGGUCACGGCUCUGGUCACGGCUCUGGUCACGGCUCUGAUCACGGCUCUGGUCAGGGCUCUGGUCAGGGCUCUGGUCAGGGCUCUGGUCAGGGCUCUGGUCAGGGCUCUGGUCAGGGUUCUGGUCAGGGCUCUGGUCAGGGCUCUGGUCAGGGUUCUGGUCAGGGCUCUGGUCAGGGCUCUGGUCAGGGUUCUGGUCAGGGUUCCACCAGACCUGCCCCAAAGCAGGACUGAGGCUCCAGGCGACAGGACAUCUUGUGAGAGCCAGCUAGCGAAGCCCCUGGCUCCUGCCAGAAAAGUGAAGCGCUCCGACUCCGUGGUGCGUGAUGUGGGCGUUAUGCAGAGCCGCUGGACCUUUGGGCUGUUCACCGUGUGCCCCUGUGCCGGGCUCCUUCAGCCCGGGGGGCAGCAGCAGGUGUUGGUGGACUGCGGGGCGGACCAGCUGGGUGCCUGGUCCGAGUAUAUGGCCAUAGACUUCAGCAACCGGGACCCCUCGGGCCACCCCGAGGGCACCCCCUUCUGGCUGGCGGUGGAUGUGGCUGUGCCAGGACUCGGGCAGGACAUGAGCUCCAUCUUCGAGGAGCACCGGCUGUGUCCCAGUGCCGGCCAGCUGCGGUCGGAGCCGUUCGCCAGCGCGCCGGGCGUGUACGUGGUGGAGGACAACACGUUCGUCUUCCACAACGUGGUGGCGGCCGGCGGCGGCGCCCGGGCCCGCUUCAGGCUCACCAACACCGGCCUGGUGCCCUGCCAGCUGCUGCUGGCCAUCAAACAGGGCACCACCAAGGUGUUUGACGUAUCUCCUAUGAGACUGUACGUCCCCAGCCAGUCGCACUGCUUUGCAGAGGUCUCCUUCGACCCUCAGACCAUCCGGCGGCAUAGGGCUGUGUUCGAGGCUGUGCUGGAGGGAGGCAUCAGUAUGAUUUCGAUGGUGAAGAGCAAACUUCUGCAGUUCAACCUGUUAGGGGAGGGCAACCUGCCCAGUGUGUUUGUGACCCGGCCGGCCCUGCGGGACCGCCAGGGAAACCCUGUACUGCAGUUCGGCCGGCUGUUGGCCGGGCGGCAGCACACGCUCCCCUUGGUGCUCAGGAACGACGGCAUCAUGGGGGCUCAGGUCCACAUCGACAUGCUGGAUAAACAAAGAGUGUUCACCAUCCAGCCUGCUCCUGACAACACCAUCAGCAGUAUCACAUGCUCACCUCUAGAGAGCACUGCUGACCCAGAGCCCCCGCUCUGCCACAGGGCCUCCCUCAGGCUGGCCCCGGGCCAGUCGGCAGGGUUUGAGGUCGGCUUUCACCCGGAGCAGCCGCUCCGCGCCAGGGCCAGCAUAGAGGUGCUGGUCCAGGACAACCAGUACAACCGCAUCAUGGUGACCCUGACCGGAAAGGCCUACCGAGACAUCAUCACCCUGGACAACCUGCGCAGGACGGCCCCGGAGGACGGGGACCUGGAUCAGGGCGAGUACGAGGCACUUGACCUGGGGCACUGCCAGGUGGGCCGUCCCUACAGAGAGCACUUCACCAUGACCAAUCACAGCACCAGCACGGCCCUGAGGUUCGAGUGGCCCGCCCCCACGCCCCACAUCACCUUCUCUCCACAGGCAGGCCACCUCCACGCCGGCUGCUCUAAGGAGGUCAGCCUGGCCUUCUGCUCCCCUCUGCCGGUGACCCUGGCAGCCCAGGGCUCGGUGGCGAGGCUGUGCUCGGUGGAGUUUGACCGGCCCACCGAGGAGGUGGUUGACUGGGACGACCGGCAACGCACGGCCCAUCUGCCCCUGGUUCCCUCUGGUGGUCCCCAGCAGCCCGCCAACAACCAGUCGGAGCCUGAGCCCCCCUGCUCUGUGGUGGAGGGCUCCCAGAGGGAGCUGGAGCUGAGGGUCAGCGCCGUGUGUGACUACGCCAUGUUCCUCUGCGACGGGGAAGCGGUCCGCUUCAAAGACACCAUGCUCUACCAGACCAGGGUCUCCCAACUGACGAUCAGGAACCAGGGGGUGGUCCAGCUGGAGUAUUCAUGGAAGGUCGUCAUGGACCCCGACGACAGCGCUGAAAGAGCCGCUGUGAGUCCCAGCUCCCGGCCUGGGAGCCCCGGGGGGGCGGCACCUUCCACAGCCCGGCCCUCCAGCGCCCUGGCCGGCUUCACGUGUCUCCUGGGGGACCCGAAGCUCCCUCCCUUCACCGUGGAGCCCCACGUGGGGAGUGUGGGCCCCGGGGUCUCCCAGACCUUCAGCGUCCAUUUCUGCCCUCUGGCGGUGGCCAUCUACUCAGGAAGGCUGGUCUGCAGAUGCGUGUGUGUGUGUGUGUGUGUGUGUGUGUGUGUGUGUGUGUGUGUGUGUGUGUGUGUGUGUGUGUGUGUGUGUGUGUGCGUGUGUGUGUGUGUGUGUGUGUGUGUGUGUGUGUGUGUGUGUGUGUUUCGCGGCUCCAGCAUCCCCAACCUGCAGGAGGGGGUCCUUGCCCCCAGCAUGCCGGUGUUGGGCCGCUGCCUGCUGCCCCACGUCCACUUCCAGCUCGUCAAAUCAGAUUACAUCAGCGGGCUGCACGCCCCCUGGGACCCCCACACCAGGGUCGUAGAGUUCCACUCCGUCGGCCUGUCCGUGUCCACCACCAGGAAAUUUGCGGUGAUGAAUCCCACCAGUCAGCCCUACUCCUUCCAGUGGGUGUGUAAAGACACGGAGCCAUGCCCCUUCCGCUGUCUGACCCCCGGUGGCAGCAUCCCGCCUGGGAAGAGAGUAGAGGUGUGUUGGGAGUACGUGUCGGAGCAGCUCGGCCUGGUGGAGUCAUGGUGGGAUUUCCUGGUGGAGGCGUUGGGCCUCUCCGUUCCCCUCCUGCUGGCGGGCUCCACCAGGGAACCACUGGUGUACCUGGACACAGCCCACCUGGACCUGGGGGACAUCCUCGUAGGGCGGCGGAUGGAAAACACCGUGCAUCUGGUGAACUUUGAGGAGUGCGUGCUCCACUUCUCUGUACUGCAGUCGUCCCUCAACUCCGAAGACCACCUGCACAGUCUCACCGUGCAGCCCACCUCUGGCACCGUGGGGCCCGGGGACAGACUGCCGCUGUCAUUGUGUGUGGUGGCCGCAGGGGAGGGCUGCUUGAGGUUCAGACCCGUGCUGAGGGUGAGGGGCAAGACGCAGCCGCUGACCCUCAACGUCAAGGCCGACGGCUACGCCAUGGCCGCCCGGCUGAAGCUCCGGAGCCCGGCAGGGAAGGAGAGGGAGGUCCAAGCAGGGGAGCAACCCCACCUGCUCCACUUUGGAGAGGUGGACCUGAGGGACACAUCUAGCUUCACCUUCCUGCUGUACAACAUUGGGAGGUUUAGUAUGUGUGUGACCUUUGACCUGGAAGGUCCCCCAGAGCUGCUGCAGCACUUGGAGGCGAAGCCCGGUCAGGAGGCCGUUGUGGAGGUCAGCCAACAGCUGAAUGCCACGCUCUGCUUCCGUCCACACAGAAAAUGCUCCCUCCAAGGGGUCCGGCUCCACGCCAAGGUGAGGCAUGGCCCGACGUUCACCUUUGCGGUGAGUGGCAGUGGCGCGCCCUCCAGCCUCCACUUCUCAUUCACCCAACACAACUUUGGAAAAUGCUUCGUCCACGCGGCGGGCAUUGCGCCGGCCCGCCAGACCCUUCUCAUCAGCAACACCAAUAACAGGCCUAUCAGUGUCCAGUGCCUGUUCGCCAACACCCCCCACCUGGAGCUGGACUUCAAAGCAGAGACGCUUCCGUCGGGGGGCGCUGCCGAGGCAAGGCUCACCUUCCUCCCGCGAGAGGCGCGGCGCUACAAGGACAAGCUCACCUUCGUGGUGGGCCAGGGGACCAAACAAGUGGUGGAGAUCCGGGGCCAGGGCAUGGAGGUCAAGCUGGAGGUGGAGGACCCCAGCCAGGAGAAGGUGGACCUGGGCUCGGUGCCGCCGGGCCAACGGGUGAAGAGGCAGGUUUGGGUGGUCAACCGCACCCCCUCCGACCUCACCUUCUCCAUGCAGUUCAACACACAGCCCCCGCUGGACCCCAGGGUGCUGUCCGUGUCCCCUGCGGGUGAGGUCACCCUCAAGGCUCUGGUUGGCCGCUGUGUGGUGGAGCUCCUCUGGGCGCCCCACAAGCGGGCGGCCCCCUUCACGGCCCAGCUGCGGGCAGAGUGCAUGGGCACGCAGCACACCCUGCUGACCGCGCGGGGCCGCUGCCAGUGUGUGGAGGUGCGGCUGGACCCAGACUACCUGGCCUUCGGGGCGGUGAUGCAGCGCUGCAUGUUGGCCAAGAGGCUGGUCCUGAGGAACCACGGAGACAUCGGGGCGGGGUUCAGAUGGGAGACAGAGAGCUUUUCUCCAGAGCUUUCCAUCAAGCCAGAUGCAGGCUACAUCAGCCCAGGCUCAGAGCUCCCCUUUGACCUUACCUUUGCCCCCGUGGAGCUCAGCAACCCCAAGACAUACGCACAUCUGACGUGCUCCAUAGAGGGCUCUCCUGCUCCAGUGACCCUCACCGUCGCCGGCGCCUGUAUUCCCCCCGCCGUCGCCAAAGAGGUGUUGUCCUUCUGCUGCCCGGUCCGCGGCUCCCGCACCCAGAGCCUGUUGGUGUCCAACCCCAGCGCCCAGCGCUGGAGCCUGCAGCCCAGCGUGGAGGGCGAGCACUGGAGCGCCGCGCCCGUCCUCCUCCUGGAGCCGCUGCAGACCAAGAGCUACCCCGUCACCUACGCCCCGCGGACCAUGGCCGCCCCGGGCACCAAGCACGUGGGUUCUGUGUUCAUUUGUUUCCCUGAUGGAUCUGGGCAGCUCUACUCUCUGCAAGGAUCCGCCGAGCCCCCUAAACCCGAGGCCACCAUUAGCCGCGAGCUGCUUGCCAAGACCCGGCACACGGAGCUGCUGCCCGUGCACAACUGGCUCAGCAAGCUGCAGAGGUUCAAGGUGGUGAUAGAGAUUCUGAAGCCGGACAAACCCGAUGCGACAGUGUCUCUGAGGGGCCUGGACUACGUGGACGUGGCUCCUCUGGCCACCAGGGACUACAAGUUAUUGUUCUACUCCUGCAAGGAGGGCCUGGUGCAGACCAAGGUGACGUUCCUCAGCGAGCCCUCGGGCGAGUACCUCUUCUACGUGCUGAGCUUCAGGGCGCCGCGCACCGCGCCGGCGGGGGCGGUGGAGCUCAGCGCCACCGUGCGGCAGACGGCCUCGUCCAGCGUGCGGCUGGAGAACCCCCUGGCCGUGUCCGUCAUCCUCAACGCCGAGUGCUCGUGUCCCAACAUCAGCGUGCCCCUGCAGCACACGCUGCCCGGCCUGUCCCAGGGGGAGGUGGUCUUUGAGUUCCACCCCCUCUUUGCGGGCGUGUCCACAGCGGCGCUCAGCCUCUCCUGCAUUGAGCUGGGCUCCUUCCGCUACGAGCUGCUCCUCAGGGCCCUGGCCGCGCCGCCGGAGCCCCCGAUCCUCUUCCAGGUCCCGCUGGGCGGCCACCACAUGGGCCACGCCAAGUUCACCAACUACUCCCGCAGCAAGGCGGAGUACACCUGCAAGACGGACAAUGAUGACUUCCUGGUGGAGAAGGGCCUGGUCACGCCGCUGGGUUCCCAGGCGGGCUCUGAGGUCCGUGUGGAGCUCUGCUUUGAGCCCCAUCAGCUGGGCGAGUCCAGGGCCCUGCUGAGCGUGUCCUCCCUGCUAGGGGGCGAGUACGUCUUCCCCCUCAGGGGCAUCUGCGUGGGCCCGAGGCCCCAGGGCCCGUUCAGCAUCCGGACCGGUACAAGCGUCACCAUCCCUUUCAAGAAUGUCUUCCUGCAUCACAGCGCCUUCUCCUACCAGGUAGACAAUCCGUGCUUCACGGUGAAAGGGGCCGAAACCAUCCGGUCUAAAAAGAGCCAGAACAUCCUGGUGACGUUCGAGGCCCCGGCGGCCGGGCCCCAGGGCCGCUGGCAGGGCAAGCUCAACAUCUGCAGCGUCCCCUCAGAGGGCCAGGGGCCACCCCACUGCUGGGUCUUCUACCUGAGGGGCCACGACCCCGAUGCCACGUAGACACACACACAAACACACACACACGCACGCACGCACGCACGCACGCACGCACGCACGCACGCACACACACACACACACACACACACACACACACACACACACACACACACACACACACACACACACACACACACACACACACACACACACACACACAGGCAUAAACACAUGCACAUAUGCAAAUAAAAUAAAUUGUCAACAAAUUGUUUGCACUGUUCUUGCACUCCAUUCAAAUGUUUACUAUUUAUACGAGAUAGUCCUUUGUGUCAGACAAAAUGCUUUAUUUUAUUUUUCCUAGCAAUAAAUCUAUUUUUUGUGCACCUGCUGUGUUAUUAAAUCGAAUAUGGACGCAUAACUUAAAGUUGAAAAUCAGAACAGGAACAGCUGUUAUGCAUGUACAUUAUUUAUUGUUAUGUGCCAUCGGCCAUAUGGGAGCUGUCCUAAAUUACACAAUAAAUAGUUUACAAA